GUAGAUUUUAUCAGGGUUCCGCUAUCUCAUAAUAUUUAUAAGAAUAGGUUUAAGCUAUAAUCUGUCAGAGGUCAACUGUUCUUGGUGACGUGCGUGGAAAUGGUCCAGAUUGUCUCGUGCUUAGUAAUUUUCGGCAGCAUAUUCGCACGACUCAGUUUUGGCAUUCCGUGUGCGGAUCCUGCACAGUUUGUUGCUGAACACGCACAAUGUCUGACAGACAACAAUAUAACGUUUACUCUACCAAAUGGCGUCAACGUAACGGCCGAAAACGUUGUGGAAACGUUGACGACGGUGUUGACUUUGGCGGACCCUACUACUAUGUGCAGCAACCUUGACGCGUGGGGCAAGGCUCUAGAGUGUGUGGUCAGCCUUGCGGAACAGUGUCCGAGUGCAGGGGGAGGAACCACCUACUCUGGCCAGAAACUUGAUGAACUCAAGAAGAUUCAACUUGAGACGUGUUUUCAUCUCAAACGCGCUGGCUCAGCGAUGAUCAUCCCGACAGGGGGGCAGGUGCACCAGCAGAGAGGCGGCACCCUGAGACUAGCAUGUGCAGGGGUGGGGCCCGGGGAUGGGGCUGUCUUCCAUUGGACGGACAUGAACUACCACGUCAUCAACAAUACAAAGGGAAGAGUUCAUGUCACUGAUAUGGGGACAUCGUCUAUCCUUGUCUUCAGCAAUAUACAGGACAGUGAUGCUGGCUCCUAUUUUUGUGGGGGUUUCUCCCAUGCUGCAGACGUAUCAGAUUCUGUCGCAGUGAACGUGUAUGAUGCCUUUUAUGUUCCCACCGUCGACUGUGGCAUCAUGGAGAAUGUCCACGCUGCAUUCCAACAGUGUGUUGGGUAUUACAACAUCACGGGGAUGAUGUUCCCUGUGCCACAGGGAGAUGCGGACAUAGUUAUCAAUGCAGCCAAUGUCUUCUUUACUCAAGAUGUUCCAGAGAUGUGCAGAAAACGAAGGCAGUUCAGCCUGGCUGCACGGUGUGUCACUGCGAUAUCGGCUGAGUGUCUCAACCGGAACAGGUCGAAAGGCUGGCUGGAUUACUUCCAUACCGGAAAUGACGUAGUGGACGGAAUGGCGGUUAUUUGUGAGGCUUACAUGUCCGGAUCCUACAACGCCAGCUGCGUGAGCUCUGUGGAAGACAGUUUGGUUCGCUGUGUAAACGAGGAAUACAAGACCUGGCUAUCGCAGCCUGUGGAAACUCAUGGGGUUGGAAAAGCAAGUACUACAAUGUGCAGAUUGUACAGCGCAUCUUUGGACUGUGCGGAGAAAGUCCUACAAGUAUGCAAGCCAAAGAUGACCACCGUUGAGAGGUUCGCGGACGCCUACAAGAACAUGAAGCCUAGCCAGUGUGCCACGGAGGAUGGAAAACCCGGUCCUGUGACAGAUCCAUGAGUAUGUUCAGACAUUGGUGAGCUCCACGCAAAGUACAGACAGUGUCUGGUCCCGGGGAUGUACAAUGUUACAUUGCCCAGCCUCAUCACAGGUUCAGAGAUGGCAUAUACUAUACCAGCACUGGUGGUGCUGCAGACAUCGGCGGACACUUGCAGCAACAAAGCGUCCCUGGCUGCAGCUGUUCAGUGUGUGAAAGCCAUCAGCAGAAACUGUGUGUAUCACACCUGGUUCAAUCUGAUCCCUGUCCUUCCACUACAGGCAGAGAUCGACCUCGCAAUCCAGUAUAAAUGCGUUUUCAUAAGAGCCUAUAAUGCGUCGUGUGUGGCACCCAAAGCCCAAGAUAUGUUCGAGACUGCGUGGAUGAAAAUGGCCCACGAUUAUAACCUUUCGUAUCAACAAAACAUACAGGCCAUGAUAUGUAGCUUCCGCAAGUAUGUUGACAUAGUCGCUACAACCAUGAUGUCUGACUGUGGUGACGAGGCUGUGAAGACGUUCCUUGCUGUCAACAACAUCGUCGCUCCCGACAACGAUCGCUGCCAAAGGUUUGGUCACGCAGUGUCUAUCCCCUAUAUCGUUGGAUGACACGUCCUGAGGUCGGAUGAUAUGUGACAAUAUCAAUGUUCGAUUAGUUGUGUAUACAUGUAAUGCUGAUAAAACAUUUAAUAUACCAAGUUAAACUUCAAAAAUAAUUUUUCAUUUUAGGGUUUAAUUAUGUACCUUCGAAGCUUUUAAAGACGAUAUUUAGAUCUUUUGGGAUCAUGAAUUAGUUCAUUAACAAUUCCGGAUCCGGUUCAGUGUUCGUUUUCAUCUACCUUAACACUACAUAUAAAUAAUGUUGUUACUGUGACACCCAGUGGAGUAGUGUAAUGUAAACACUAAUAACUGGCCUACAUUUGAAAUAGUUUAUAUAUUAAAUGUAGUGCAUAUUACAUGUGCAUCAUGAAGAAUUCCGUCCUUGAAACAAGUGCAUUGGAUUAGCUACUUAUUUUACAAUAAUACCCAUUGUUAUUUUUUUAAAAUUCUGUUAUAAUAGAAGUCCAUUGUCCCCUUUUAACAAUCAAUUUAAUUCUUUACUUACUUUAAUGUUGUAUAGCAUAUCAGUAUAUCAAUAUACUGUUGAAAAAACAACACUGAUCCCUCAAACAGACAAGUUGUGUAGGGUAUAUAGUAAUGAUUAAGCACAUGUUAAAAGUUUCAAAUGGAGAAUACACAUACUUAUUUUAACUAACAUCUGACGUUACUUGCAUGAUACAGAAUCGUUCCCAAGUUACAUACACGUAACAUUUUUACUUUCUGUAAGUAACAUUAGUUCUUGGACAAGUUUGAAUAAAAAAGGUUUGUUUCCAACAAUAUGAGUUUCAUAUAUUUCUUUCUAAUUUCAAAUAUAAUGGACAUUUCAGUAUGAAAUGAAACUCAUCUUCAACAAAAAAACAAAUUAUAUA